GUAUAUAUAUAUAUGUUCUUGUUCUCUCUCCCCCACUCUCUCUCUCUCCCCUCCGAGUAAUCAACUUUUAGCCUUUUACGACCCUAUUAUGGAUAAGAGUCUCUCUCCCUCUCUGUCUCACUCUGUAUAUUAUCUUCCAUGACGUUCUUUUCUUGUUAAGUUAGGCUACUGAAUUUGGUGACUGAACUCUCACACAUCCAUGACGAGUCCGAGCUUCUUUCGAUAUGAUGCACACUGCAUCCGCUGAAUCCCUCUCUCUCUCUCUCUAUGCUCAGUGGAUGAAAAGAUGCGCACUUUAUCCCAUAACUCCCUCUCUCUCUUACACCUACCCUAUCCCUUCCAUCCUUCUCUCUCCAAUCGCCCACUCAUAGAGAAAUGCAUCUCCUUUAAGAAAACAGAGAGAAGAAACCAACUUUCCAGCUCCAAAUUGAUACUCAGGAGAAGUACAAUCCUUCGAGCUUCUUCAAGACCUGGUUCAGCUCUUGAAAGCCAAUUGCUUUCUCAGAAUGGAGCCAAUGGUGUCUCCAAAACCACGCCGGAACCUUCAGAAUCUAAAACAAUUGAACCCCAGUUUGAAUCCGAAGAUGGUGAAGAAGUUGAACUUGAAUUGCUCGAGAAACCCACUGCAAUGGCCCCUUCUUCUGAUUCUGAAGAAACCCACGUCUCAGAACCUUUGAAACCCGAGAAAGUCUUGGCCCCAUUUUUGAGGUUCUUCAAGCCCAGGGACUCUACAGAGGAACCCCAAAAAAUGGAUGAAUCAGAGCAAGUCAAGAGAGAGAAGGAGAAGGAUUCAAAAAUGGUUAAGGUUGAAUACUACGAUCCGAAAGCUGGCGAUUUGGUUGUUGGGGUCGUCCUUUCCGGCAACGAGAACAAGCUCGAUGUGAGUAUUGGGGCCGACCGUUUAGGCACAAUGUUAACUAAGGAGAUUCUUCCUUUUUAUGAUGAUGAAAUGGCCCAUCUCCUGUGUGAUUUGAGUGAAAAAAAGGGGAAAGAGGUCUUGGGUCCUGGUAAAAUUGGAAUUAUCAGAGAAGAGGAGGCAAUUAGAGAGGUGGAGAAGAGAGAGGGGAGGCCAGUGGUUGAGCCUGGAACUGUGAUUUUUGCAGAGGUUUUGGGGAGGACUUUGAGUGGGAGGCCUCUGCUCUCAACCAGGCGACUUGCUCGAAGGAUUGCUUGGCAUCGAGUGAGGCAGGUAAAACGAAUGAAUGAGCCUAUUGAAGUCCGAAUCUCAGAGUGGAACACUGGAGGUCUUCUUUCUAGAAUUGAGGGUUUACGGGCAUUCCUUCCUAAGGCUGAGUUGAUCAAGAAGGCUCAUAAUUUUGUGGAUUUGAAAGAAAACGUUGGACGCCGAAUAUCUGUUAUCAUAAGUAGGAUUGAUGAAGACAAUAAUGACUUGAUAAUCAGUGAAAGGGAAGCUUGGGAUAUGAUGUAUCUUCAAGAAGGAAAACUGUUGGAUGGGACUGUCCGCAAAAUUUUCUCAUAUGGAGCACAAAUCAGGCUUGGGGAGUCAAAUAGAAGCGGAUUGCUUCACAUUUCAAACAUAAGCCGUGCUCGAGUUCCUUCAGUCGAUGACUUAUUGGCUGUGGAUGAGAAAGUGAAAAUUUUAGUGGUGAAGUCGAUGUUUCCUGGAAAUAUAUCUCUCAGCAUUGCAGACCUUGAAAGUGAGCCUGGGUUAUUCCUUUCAAACAAAGAGAGAGUAUUUUCAGAGGCCGAAGGGAUGGCCAAGAAGUAUAGAGCAAAGCUUCCUUUUUCAAUGACACGCAAAUUGGAAACGACCCAAACAGAAUCAUCGGUUCCUUUUGACGACGAAGCGAAUUUAUAUGCAAACUGGCGAUUAACCUGUAUAGGGAUGCUACAAGCUGCAUUUUGGGGUGAAAUAUUAGCAAGGGAAUCAAGACAUUAUGUACAGGUGACCCAUAGUAUGCUAUUACAAAACACUCUUAUGGAGACAAAAUGUCGAGGAGAGGGUGGAGGGAGAUGGAGGAAGCGAGAGCAAGGAGAGAGAGAUGGUGGAGAUGACAAAAGUGAAAGUGAGGAGAGUGAUGGUGGAGAUGACGAAAGCGAGAACGGGGAGGCAGAUAGUAGAGAUGAGGAAAGUGAGAUUGAGGAGGGAGAUGGUGGAGAUGAGGAAAGAGAGAGCGAGACCGAUGACGAAAAUGAGAGGAGAACGAAGAGCAAAAAUGACAACAAUAAAAGCAACCAGAUUCAAGUUGUGUUGGCCUUGCAUGAAGAAUCAAGGCGGAAUUUGCAAUCACGAAGAGAGGGAGAUGUCCAGGUGAAAAGGCCUAGGGAGGAACCCGAUGUAAAGGGACAGGGUAUUGCAAGCUGGCCAAAAGAAUGGCUGAAGCGAAGAAAGUGACUGAUAUGUUUUUUCUUUAGAUGAUACUUGAAUAUGUAAUUUGAAAAGUGACUAA